CUGACGUUCGAAGUAAAUUUUUAAAAAUAUCUCCGGCAACACUGCUUAUUUAGUCGAGAACCAUGGCGGCGUUCGUGAGGCAUGGCGGUUUCAAAACAUCCCAACUUCUAUCACCAAAAAACGUGUUGCCAAGAUGUUACGCCACCAAAGCGGAGAAGAGGAAAGGUGUCGAUAGAAAAGUGGGCCCGAAAAUAGAUUCUUCGGCGAAAUCUUUGGCCGCAAAAGGUUUCCUGAGAAGCCAAAUAGAAUAUUCUCCACCAGAAGACUUAGAAGUAAAAUUAAACGCAAUUUCUUCAAAAAUUCUGGGAAAUUCCAAAGAUGACGAAAAAAUUUCCGACUUAAAUCAAAGAUUUAAACUUUUUACGGCUUGUAAUAAUGAAUUCAAGCAUAGCAUACCCAAUUCUCUCCUACAUUCCAUUGAAACGCUGGGGGAUGUAAAAAAAUUCUACUCCACAUCUGUUGAUGUUAGGACCCCUCUGGACAAACUACAAAAUAUGGACCUACCCGAAAAUUUGCAUGUGCAAUUCGAGUAUCACAGAUUCAACCCGGAAACCGACACCUUUUUCAAUGGACAAACUGCAUUUAAUAAGAGUUCCACCAUUGUAACUGGCUUGAAAUAUAAGGGGAAAUAUGGUGGACAUUACCAACCAGGUUCCAUACCCGACUCAUAAGUUGUAUUUUGUAAAUUAAUUAAUAAAUAGUUUAAC